CGACCGUUCUUCAAUUCUUGUCCUUCAAGAACAAAGUCUCCACUGCAUUCAUUUCCAAAACGGUCACCACAGCUGCUGAAACUUAGAAAUAAGGCAUUCAAACUCAACUCAGUAGUCCUUAAACUCCAAAGAUGGCUUUGCGCCAAGCUGAAGCCAUCCCAGCACAAGCACCAUCUUGGCACCUUGCGUGUUCUUCACGCUCCUCUGCGCUUGCAUCAUCAUAGAACUUUGGCGUAAAAAAUGUUGAUUCAGAUAUUCAGAGAGAAAGGGAUCUAGCUUAUGUUGAAGGUGAAAAAUAGUCUCACCGCCAAAACCCUAAUCUCAUUGUAGCCGUCGCUGCCGCCAUCGCCACCACCGUCGAGCAAAGGCGCCUCUUCCACUAACUUAUCUCUAGAUCUAGUAGCAAUGCCCAAACCUCUGACAUCUACGCCUUUCUUUGACACCGCCGAUCUUCAGCAACAAGCUGUGACGUCAAUACAAAUCCCAAAAUUACCUCUCAUUUCGCACUCUGUCUCUUCCAGCUCGAAUUAUGAAUGGCCGAUCAAAAUCCUGCGGAGCCAGAACCGAAGAGCGGCUCCGAUGCGUCUUCUCGGAUCGAGGAAGUGAGUGAGUUGUUGGCGAAGACAUUAGAAGCCGCCGACAAACCCGUCCCAGAGUUUGAGUACACGCCUCGCAGCAUCUUGCAUUUGCACGGCCUCUUAAUCGUCUCCAAAGCCAAAGACGAAGCUGCGCGUCUCGUCGCUCGUGAUUUUCGCCAGAAGGCCUCUGAGUACCGAUCCCAAGAUAAUGGAAUUUGAAUCGGGCCAUUUGAAAUGCUUUUGGUGAUCAGUAUCGGGCCACUGAUACUGUAAUUAAUGGAGCUGGGAAGCUAAAGUUGGUAUUUGGUAUGUUUACCAGAAUUGCAAUCAAACAGCUCGACAGGAUCACUGGCCAGGGACAAUCUGCGAUAUCAGUAGAAGAUACCUUGAAGAUCAUAAUCUGCAGGAAACAACACAAGAAGCUCUAUUCCCUUGAGAUGGAACUUGCUGCUGCUAGGAAUGAGGGUUUUCUUUUGAAGCAACUACUUGAGACCAAUGGGAUUUACUCUGAGGGAAAGCCUUUGGUCAUGAUAGGUGUACUCACAACAUUUGGCCACCAGAAGAAUAGGAACGCCAUUCGCAAUGUCUGGAUGGGAAGUGGUGUAGCUUUGAAGAAACUGGAGGAUGGAAGGGCAUUGUUGCACGAUUUGUUAUUGGGAGAAGUGAAAAUUGUGGAAACAAUCAGGAUAAGGACAUUGAUCGUGAGAAUAGGCUGACUAAUGACUUCCUAAUUCUUGUAAGUUUAACUAGUCGAAGGAUUUUAUUCUCUUUAAGCAUUCUGCUUUACUGGAAUUUGGCAAGUAUUUUGUGGCUUACUGUGAGUGAAAAAUGAGGUCUCAGAGCAUAAGCUGGUUUAGCUCACUGCCUUCAACUCUUAUGUUGACAAGAUGAUCACGUGGAAUCAAACGAGGGGAUCCCAAAUAAAGCUAAAUUGGUUUUUGCUUAUGCUGCAGAUAAAUGGGAUGCACUACAAUUAUGUUCAUCAAUGAUGAAUAAUUAUCUCAAGACAAGUUUUAAUUUAUUGUUAUUGGAAAAUUAUUGUUACUUUAGUUUUAAUUCAAUGUGUUGAUUUUUGGGAAAAAAUAUUUGGGAUCAAAUGGUCAAUGUUACUUUGUUGCAGCUUGUCUAUAAUCAACUAUCAUAUAAGAGUUACAUUAUUGUUACUUUAUAAUAAUUAGUUGAUUAUCUGUACUCCUAAUUUCUUCAAGUUGAAUGUGUGUGCUGUGUCUAUAUAUACGGCCAAGUUACUUUAUGAAGAGAGAUGGAAGCAAAAAUUUGAAGAACAUUCAUAUGGUUUGUUUUCAUUUUGAUUAACCAAAUUUCUUUGAUUCAUUAUACAUAGAUAAUUGACACUUUAAGUGGCUUCAGGUACGAGCAUAGGCUAAUUUUAUUGAUUUAAGUUUUGUUCAUUUUAAUUGUUAUUGCCAAUGAUGACUUCCUGAUUUCUCUUUUUAUUCAUUUCUUUAUUUUGUUUGUUUUGAAUUGUUACUGCAGACAAUGGCUUCCUAUUCUGUUUCUGAUGCAGGGGCAACUUGUUACUUAUAUAUAACUUAUGUUCAUUCUUUUAUUUUCUCCCUUGCUACCAUUAUAUCCUAACUUGAUGUAAUAUAGUUAUAGGCUUGUAGCAUUUUUUGUUAUUUAGAUUUGUAACAUGAUUUAUUAUUUUUUAAGAGAAAUUUGUGUAUCAA